UGCUCCUCUACUCCCUCCCUGUCCGCCUGCCUCCCUCCGCGUGUAGGCUCUCUCCGCUGGCAGGGCAGAGUAGAGUAGAGCGAGCGCCCUUCAAUUCUCUCCAACCCAGCCGGGCAAUGCCGUACAAACCCUAGCCCCCCGCCCCGCUGAUCCCCGCGCGCGGCCAUGGGCAACUGCUGCCGCUCGCCGGCCGCCGCCGCGCGGGAGGACGUCAAGUCCUCGCACUUCCCCGCCUCCGCCGCCGCCAGGAAGAAUAAGCCGCACCAGCCCCGGAGCGGCGCCGCGGGGACCGGCGGGGGAGGCGGGCAGAAGCGGCUGGCCGUGCUGGGCGAGGAGGGGUGCGACUUCAUCGGCGGGAUCGACGACAAGUACCUGCUGGACCGGGAGCUGGGGCGCGGCGAGUUCGGGGUGACGUACCUCUGCGUCGACCGGGACACCAAGGAGCAGCUCGCCUGCAAGUCCAUCUCCAAGCGCAAGCUGCGCACCCCCGUGGACGUGGAGGACGUGCGGCGGGAGGUGGCCAUCAUGCGCCACCUGCCCCGGAGCCACAGCAUCGUGGCCCUGCGGGAGGCGUGCGAGGACGAGGGCGCCGUGCACCUCGUCAUGGAGCUCUGCGAGGGCGGCGAGCUCUUCGACCGCAUCGUCGCCAGGGGCCACUACACGGAGCGCGCCGCCGCCAACGUCACCCGCACCAUCGUCGAGGUCGUGCAGCUCUGCCACCGCCACGGCGUCAUCCACCGGGACCUCAAGCCCGAGAACUUCCUCUUCGCCAACAAGAAGGAGAACUCGCCGCUCAAGGCCAUCGAUUUCGGCCUCUCCAUUUUCUUCAAGCCCGGUGAAAAGUUUUCAGAAAUUGUUGGAAGCCCUUAUUACAUGGCUCCCGAAGUAUUGAAGAGAAACUAUGGACCGGAAAUAGACAUAUGGAGUGCCGGGGUUAUCUUAUAUAUUUUACUAUGUGGAGUUCCUCCAUUUUGGGCCGAGACCGAACAAGGGGUAGCACAAGCUAUUCUUCGUGGAAAUAUCGAUUUUAAGCGGGAACCCUGGCCUAAUGUAUCGGAAAAUGCUAAAGAUUUGGUUCGACGUAUGUUGGAACCAGAUCCAAAGCUCAGGUUAACUGCAAAGCAGGUUCUUGAGCACCAUUGGCUUCAAAAUGCUAAGAAAGCUCCAAAUGUUCCUCUUGGCGAUAUUGUCAAGUCAAGGCUUAAGCAAUUUUCGAGAAUGAAUAGAUUCAAAAGAAGAGCUCUAAGAGUCAUCGCUGAUCAUUUGUCAGCUGAGGAAGUUGAGGAUAUAAAGGAGAUGUUUAAGGCAAUGGAUACUGACAAUGAUGGCAUUGUCUCUUGUGAAGAAUUGAAGAGUGGGAUAGCAAAAUUUGGCUCUCACCUUGCGGAAUCAGAAGUGCAGAUGCUUAUUGAAGCUGUGGAUACAAACGGUAAAGGAGUACUAGAUUAUGCCGAAUUUCUAGCUGUCUCUCUUCAUCUGCAAAGGAUGGCAAAUGACGAGCACCUUCGGCGGGCCUUCUUAUUCUUCGACAAGGAUGGCAAUGGUUACAUCGAGCCGGACGAGCUUCGAGAGGCUCUGAAGGAUGACGGAGCAGCUGAUAGCAUGGAAGUUGUGAAUGACAUACUGCAAGAAGUUGACACCGAUAAGGAUGGCAAAAUUAGCUACGACGAAUUCGUGGCGAUGAUGAAGACGGGCACAGACUGGAGAAAGGCAUCACGGCACUACUCGAGAGGCAGAUUCAACAGCCUUAGCAUGAAGCUUGUGAAGGACGGUUCCGUCAAAUUGGGCGUGGAGUAAAAGCCAUGGUGUUUAUUUGUGCAUGUAGUUAGGCAUUUGGGCCCCACUAAGCAGCAGCUCCUUUAGUUUUUGUCAUGGUCGUUUUGCGUGGAAAUUUAGAUAGGUGGAACCCCCUCUGAUUGGCUCACAUGUGUAAUUAGUUCUCCUGGAUCAGUGGCAGUCGCACGCACGCGCUGACGGAUGUACCAAGAGCAGUGCGCCUGCUUUUCUGAACCACUGAUGUUAAGUGUUGUACAAUGUUUUGCCGUACACAAAUACAGUUUCUAGAUUUGGCGUAAA